GGCGAAAUCUGCCCCCGAAAGGCAGCAAGUCGCGGAAGCAGGAGAAGGAACUAACUCGUUUCCUGUUGCUUUAAUCCCUUCACUGUGGUUUUAGCAGCACCGCCCGGGGCGUUUUGGCUGCUCGCCCGGAGCGAAGAGGCCGUGAACGAGCAGCCACAGCCGGGGCUGCUCCGACCGCGGGAGGAGGAGGGGAGGGGACAGGGAAGGGAAGGGAAUAGAAGGGAAAGAGGCCACCCGCCACCAGCUACGGCCCCUCGCUGCCGGGGCAGGCGGGCCGGGCCUGGCGGCGCGGUGGAACCCACCGCCGCGGGGCGGAGCGGAGAGGGGACCUGGGGAGAGGGGUUCAGGCUACGCACCCAGCAGCAGCCCGUCCAUGUCAAAGAUCAGGUAACUCUCCAGAGGCAGACAUGAAAAGAGCUGUAUCAGGCUCCCAAGGUGACAUACUGGCUUGAAGAUUUGUACUGCUAUGCCAUACUGUGUGAGGGCAAUGGUUAGUUGGAGCUUCACAUAGGGGGAGUCCUGUCUCAGUUGUAGUGUUGUCCUUAUUCCCCUCCACUCUUCUGUUUCACUUCACAUGACUGGACUUUGUACCCAUUUACUGAUACGUGUACAGCCAUCUUGUUUGCAUAGGAGAGGCAAAAACUGAAACAAUUCCAUGCUGCAAGGUAAAAAACCCCUUCUGCCCCAAAGUCUGUCCCUUAUAUAUAGAUUGCGUUGUAAACAUGGGGGUAAUGUGUAGUUAGAGUUCUUAUUCUUUCACAGCUCAAAGAAAUUCUUCAUGGCAGGAAGUUGGCAAUUAUGAGAAAUAAUAACAUAUUCAAUGUUGUCUUUUCUGCAUUAAUUUAAUACAAUGUACUUUUUACAAUGAAGAAGAGAUUGCUGAAACCAUGCACUCAUGUCUAUAAGAUACUAUCAAAUAUAGUGGCAAAUUAUUUUAUAACAGAAGUUUGCUAUCAGGUAUUGCAAUGGAGUAGAACAUUCACUGCUUUGAACAGAUUAGAAAGAGUGUAAGUGUUACUUUAUUUGUGAAAGCCUUUUGAAGAAAAUAGAAAGCAGGGUCUUUAUGAACUAGAAGAUUUUCCAGCUGUGCCACAGCAAUUUUUUUCUUAGCACUUAAGCUCUGAUUGUUUAAAAAGUAAUGUUAAAAGUGUGUGUAAUUUUGCUUAUGGAGUCUUUUUCAAGGAUCAAAUGGAAAUGAAUUGUUAAAUAGUUUUGGAGUGGGUAGGUUCUGAAAUAAACUUGUAGUUUUGAAGUGACUGGUUCAUGUGCAGUGUAUGUAAUCUGAAAAAAUCCAUUCAGUUCAAAGGUGGAAGUAACUUUUAAAGGGAUAUUAAAUAAAUCUAAUAUUUUUCUUUGUAACCUCAUGCACAUUCAACUUGCAAACUGGGAGUAAACACAGCUACUGAGGGGAGAGUAUCUUUAGGAGGAAUCUCUGAGAUAAAGGAGAAUGGCAGAGUAACAGAGAAAGGGAAAAUGUAAGAAAAAUUCAUCACUUCUGGAUAGGUUGUUUCUGCCAGGCUGAAACAAAAAAAUUGCAUUUGAGCAACCAUACUGACGCAAGAAGAAGGAAGAUGAAAGAGAAGCCUAUAUAACCAAAACGAGUUGGAAUGGAAUCUGACCAUACAUACUGCCUCCUAUGCAGUUUUGUAAUGACUGACUAAUCACAUGUAUUCCAUACAUACUGUUUUCUCACAAACAUGUAUUUUCCUUUUCCCCUCAGGAUGCUGUGUAGGUGGGUUUUAGUAAAUCUGUGUUAAAGUUUCCCUGUCAGUCCCAACAGCUGAGGCUGCGCUGACACAGAGGAGAGCCCCAGUUGCCAGUAGGGAGCACUGUGUGCUGCUGGCCCGUGGAAGAGCCCAUGUUGAGGGAAGUCAUGGAGGAGGCAGGCAGCGAGGCACAGCAGCACUGAGAGCAGUGACUAGUGCUAGAGAGGCAGUGACAAUAGCAGCACCAGGGCAAGCAGAACCGGAGGAGUCGAGCCACUGCAUCUGAAAGGAAGAAGAUGGGGCUCCUUUUACUUCUAAUAAUUUGCCAGUGUGCCAUAAACAGUAUCAAAACACACAGUGUUUCAAAGCCCAAUAUAAUUUUACUGAUGGCUGAUGAUCUUGGUAUUGGAGAUCUGGGAUGUUAUGGGAACAGAACCUUAAGAACCCCUAAUAUUGACAGGCUAGCAGAGGAAGGAGUGACACUUACUCAGCAUAUAGCAGCGUCCCCGCUUUGUACUCCAAGCAGGGCAGCUUUCUUGACUGGGAGAUAUCCUAUAAGAUCAGGAAUGGCUGCCUUCUCACGAGUUGGUGUCUUCUUAUUUUCUGCCUCUUCUGGGGGACUUCCUUCUGAAGAAAUAACUUUUUCUAAACUGCUGAAGCAGAAAGGUUAUGCAACAGCUCUAAUAGGAAAGUGGCAUCUUGGAAUGAACUGUGAAAGCAGUAAUGACUUCUGUCACCACCCCUUCAGUCAUGGAUUUGAUUACUUUUAUGGCCUUCCCGUGACCAAUUUUAGAGACUGCAAACCUGGCCAAGGCAGUGUAUUUUUAAAAGGUGUUCAGAAAGGCCUUGUCAUCCCAAUCCAAAUCACUGGAAUUGCCCUUGUGUCUUUGGCAGUAGUGCAGUACAUUGGUCUUCUCAAAGUACCCUUCCAAGCAUUGGGUUAUUUCUUGCUAAUAGUCACAAUUUCACUUGCAGUUUUGAUUUUUUUCUUCUAUCAUUUUCGACAAUUAAACUGCUUUUUAAUGAGGGACCAUCAGAUUAUCCAGCAGCCACUGUCCUAUGAGAACCUUACUCAGAGGCUGACAAAAGAAGCCAUGAAGUUUAUUGAAAGGAAUACUGAUACACCUUUUCUUCUUUUCCUGUCUUAUCUUCAUGUCCAUACUGCUCUGUAUGCUUCAGAAAAUUUCAAAGGAAAAAGCAAGCAUGGUUUAUAUGGUGAUGCAGUGGAGGAAAUGGACUGGAGUGUAGGGCAAGUUCUGGAUGUGCUGGAGAAGCAUAAUCUGAGUGACAAAACUCUUGUAUACUUUACAUCCGACCAAGGGGCUCAUGUUGAAGAAAUCUCCAGUGCUGGAGACGUCCAUGGAGGAUACAAUGGCAUAUAUAAAGGUGGAAAAUCAACAAACUGGGAAGGAGGUAUUCGUGUGCCAGGUCUUCUCCGUUGGCCUGGCGUGGUACAGGCUGGUGCCUACAUUGAUGAGCCAACGAGUAACAUGGAUAUCUUUCCUACCAUAGUUAAACUUGCAGAUGCACAGUUACCCUCUGACAGGAUUAUUGAUGGACAUGAUCUGCUGCCUUUACUUCAAGGAAAAGUUACUCAGUCUAAGCAUGAAUUUCUCUUCCAUUACUGCAAUGCAUAUUUAAAUGCAGUGCGCUGGCAUCCAGGAAACAGUGAAUCCGUCUGGAAGAUGUUCUUCUUCACUCCAAACUUCAGUCCUGAGGACUCCAAUGGUUGCUAUGAUUCUCACGUUUGCUUCUGCCAUGGAGGAUUCAUUACCCAACAUGAUCCUCCACUGCUCUUUGAUCUGUCCAGAGACCCAGAAGAGAAAGUCCCACUGACUCCAGAAACAGAGAGCCGUUUCUACGAAAUCAUCGGGGUCAUACACCAAGCAGUAGAAAACCACACCAGAUCCCUGCAUCCUGUUCCUAACCAGCUGUCAUGGGACAACCUUCUCUGGAAGCCUUGGCUCCAGCUCUGCUGCUCAUCUCUCUUUCAGUCUUGCUACUGUGACUAUGAGUCAGGAGGGAGUCCACUGCAGGUGCAUUUGGGAUAAAUAAGCUGCAAUUCCCUUUCAGAAACUGGAUCAGCUGAGUGCACAUUUUCUUUCCACUCUACAGGCAGACAAACUAUUUUCUUUGGCAUAUUCCAGAUGAAAAGAAGAUAUCAGCAAAAUACUAAAAUGAUUUGUUGCCUGAUAGUAGAAGGUGACUUGCUCCUUAUCAGAAAGCAGCAGUUAAUUCCCACAUAACAAUGUAUUAAAAGCUGUUUGGGGCAAAAGUGAUCUGUGAUGAUAGUAAUGCAGUAGCUUCAGUCAGCCAGCAUAAAGGUUGUGACCCAGUUUUUGUGAGCUAUUGAAGCCCUUCCCUUAAAAAUAUAUUGUGAUAAAUGGUAUAUUUCUCUGUCUGUAAAACCUAGGCUUUAUUUGAUUUUUCCAUUGCAGUUUCAUUCAAAAUUUCAUCCUCCACAAUACCCAGAAGCCUCUCCAGGGAAAUGUACUUUUUCCUUGAAGCCCUAUUUUUGAUGUUUCACCUUGUGUUCAUGAUCUUAAUCAUGUCCUCAGCAAACUCUCUGUAGGAGGCAAAGCCCCAUGACCAAUAUUGAUCACUGAAUGGACUACAUAACCUUAGGCAGAAAAAUGCCUCUCAUUUGAAUACAGAUAUUUUUCCAUGAGAGUGGCUGCCUUUCAAUGUCAUGGCAGGAUCCGUGCACCCCAAAUUUUUGGUCCUCACCAUGUGGCCCUAGAACCCCUUGGGGCAUGGCACUGGUGCCAGCAUGCCCCUCCUUGCAGCCAAAAGGCAGCACUCAGGCCCAGCUCUGGCCAGAGUGCUGAAACACCACGGUGUGAAGGAUGCCCUUUCCAACUCCCACAGCUCUGCCAGAGCUUACACAAAAGCUUUUCAAACAAGUACUCCUGAAGAAAAUGGAAAAAAAAAAUAUAUGUGGUGUGUUCAGUAUACAGUGCUAACUCAGACAAGGGGUUUGGUGUCAUUAGAUCUACUUGGUUUUCACAGUUUCUGGUCUGUGACCUUUACAGAGUACUCAAUUUAUAUUCUCAAGGACACCCACAUAGACUUUUUUUUUAAUCAGAAAGACGCUGUGUUGCUAUUAUUUCUUUUUCUUUCUUUUUGCAGGUGCAAGAAUUCUUUGUUCUGCUAGGCACAACAGCUGUUCUGUGCUGCUUGAUCAAAUAUCAAAAAUGAUGACUUUACUACUGCUCUGAUUUCUUCUUGCCUGAAUAUGAUAUUUCUUUCAUAUUCCCCUUGGCUUUUUAUGCCAUCUUUCUAAUCUCCCAUUCACACCCCUGAAAUAUUUUUCCAUCUAUUUCUUUGCCAGUCCUUCUGUUUGCUUGUCAUAUUGAUUGUAAUGGCUAUUUUGCCUUAAUCAGAAAAUGAAAUGUAGUCUUUGUCAUAAAAUUUGACUUGAAGGGCUCCUUGACUCUGCUAACCUCCUGCUUAUUUAAGAUCCAACAAGAAUUAACUUUGCAUUAUGAAAUAUUAGCACUUAAAACAUACCUGAGGUGUUGUUUCUAUAAAUAAUAUAAAAUAUUUCUUGUUUGUGGCACAAACUUCAUAUUUUACAAAAUAUAAUUUAGUACAACGUUUAAUACUUUGACAUAAGCAGUAAAAUCUGAAAUCCAUUCUUAAAAUUGUUCCUCCAAGACAGAUUCUGUGAAGAACAGGGCAGUAUUUUUCAUAUUCUUUGUUAAUACCAUUUAAUUUAAUACCUAAAAAUAAACCUUCCUUGUAUUGCAAAUGUAUUAUACCUUCAGUACUAUACCUUCUGUUCUGUUCUGGAGAUGUCAGAUCAGGGUAAUUAAAGUAGUCUUGUUUAUCUGCAAAAUAAAAUGUGAAGGACAAUAUAACAUUUGUGUUAACACUGCCUGAUCUAACAAGGAAAAGUUUUGUUUUUAACAGCAGGUUAUUUAUGGGAUAUACGUGAUUCACAACUUAUUAACAAGGAAGGCUCAAGGAGAGUGUGCUGCUCUGAUACUUGGAAACUGACUUUCAAUCUAUCAUUUAAUGAGCACCGCUCUUGAAACAUGGUGCCUGUUUAUAGGAUAUGUCAUUUUAAACAGGGAGUUCAGCUUCAGAGGAUAGUGUAUUCCUCUACAGUAUUGUUUAACAGUAUCAUAUCCUAAUUUGUGACAGAUUCCCUGUACAGCCCAGAGCAAGUAAUUUAACUCAUUUCUCAGAUCCUCUGCUGCACUCAGAAAAGGAAAACAGUAUUUCUCUAACUGCUGGGAAUACUGAAAGAACAGAAAAUGCUUAAAGUGGUAAGCUGGUAAAGGUGAACUUUCUAGUACUUUCCCUAUACAAGAUAAAAAGCUAGGAAAAUAGGAUGUAGAAGAUCCUCUUAUAUGAGGCAGUAGGUGAUACCCUUAACCUGAGGUUUGCAGGUGGGUUCUGUAUGUAAUUUAGUGCAUGAGGGACUGUGAUCUGGAGGAGAAAGAAUAGAUGGCUAAAAAAGAUACACGCUUGGGAUUCAGAGAAAGUUGUAAGUUUCAUUUUAUAAUUAUAUUUUUUCUCUAUUUUAGCAGUCUGGGAACUAUGUGGAAUAAUAAAUAAUGUUUUUCCCUCAGGGACUGGAUGUCACAAGUUCUCAGCUCUUAAAAAUAGAGAUGUCCUGACUUGCCUCCAAUUAUGGUCAGAAAAAUCAAAAGUAAAAAAAAAAUAGGGAAAUAGGAGCUUUGGAGAGAGGUGUCAGCUCACUUAAAUCCAACUGAAAGUUUGCAGAGAACUAACAGAAUCUAUUCCAUAUACUUCACAGAUCAGUGAGAAUCAUCACUUGCCAGCAAUCGUUUAUUUCACACUGUAGUAAUGGGAAAUCUGUGUAUUCAGAUAUGUGGACAAUGUAAAAAAUUUCAUUUAAGAUAUCACUUGAUAUAGGAAAAAAUGGAAAAAGCAAGAAGAGUGCAAGCAUAGCUACAAAAAUCACAUGUUCUAUUAAAGUAUGUUUAUUAAAAUUGUUUUAAUUUAUGUUUUUGACACACAUUACUACAAUAAUUUUUACUUACAUUAGAACAGAAUAGUUCUGUGCUUCAGACAGAUCUUUUCAUCUUCUCUGUCAUUUCCCUUUCCUCUGGCAUUGCCUGGGCAGCUUCCAAAAUAUGCAAUAGGGAGCAAAAGGCUGCCACCCAGCCCAUAUACACUACAGGCUGUGUGGCCAGACAUGUGGGCAGGAGGAAAGGCUUAGGCAAAACUCUGCACUGGGAACCACCAGGAAGUAAACAGUGUCUGGGGCUUAUCUCCAAUCUGAAGACAGAGAUCUGGAAAUUGACCCUGAGAUUAGGUCAGAUGGUUAAACUGGUUAGAGAGCAGUACUAAUAACACCUGAGUUUGGGGUUGGAUCCCCAUGGGGCCAUUCACUGAAGAGUUGGACUUGAUAAUCCUUCUGGGUCCCUUCCAACUAAGAAUAUUCUGUGAUUUCUGUGAAUUUGCUGGUUCCUCUGGGUUUGUCAGAGACUGCAGGUGACCAGGAGGAAUGAGGUCCCUUCUGUGGCCAGCUGAGCUGUCAUGUGUUCUGCAACAGGGUCGUUCUGUGUCAGGAUGUCAGGUGGAAAUUAAUUUGGAACCCACAGAAUGCAGGACCUCUUGCUUCUGAAUAAUUAUACCAAGCAGACUGCUCCUGAAUCAUCAUACUUGAGGUGACAGAUCUUAGUCUGACACUCUAAGGCAGCAACAGUCUCACACUUCUUUUGCUGGAGGACCAGAAGACCUGAGCCUGGCUCUAGGGACUCCCAGUUUACAGGCUGCUAAAACUGCAAAUAAUUCAGAGAGUCAUGGAAACAACCUGGCAGAUAUUAUGGCUUUUCCAUGCUCUUCUUGGUAGUUUUUGUCUACAUAAAAACUGAUAAGAAUCCGCUUAAAACUUUAAAACUUCACAUGUACAAAAAACAAAGGAUAGUGCAAAUUUUACUUAAGCCUCCCCCACACUAAUCUUAACCUGUGAGUUUGGUAUGGAGAACAAUGAGUUGCAAGGCACAGCAACUGAAGGUUUCUUAUACAAAUGGAAGAUGCUGAAUUCCAGACUCCCACUGGAGUUUGUGCUAUACUGGUUAGUGAGAUAAGGACUGGCUUGAUUAUCUGUGCAUCUCUAAUUGCACUGGCAAGGUUAUGAAACAUUUCUGAACGUGGGGGAUGUGAAUUAUAGGUUUUGUGAUGCUUAUGCAGCAUCUCCUGAAUGCCUAAAAAACCAUUCCUUUAAUAUAAAUCAUGGUAGGUUCCCUAUGUAGAGUAAUGUUAGUCUUAUUUAUUAGAAAAAGGUGUUGCAGAAACUUUCCUUGGAAAAGAAAGCUAUAUCUGAAGAUAACAAAUUCAGCAUGUGAGGGUCAGCUCAGUUAUAAAAAACCUCCAAUGCUUUUUAUUCUACCUUAAUCCAAUAAUAAAGCCUUUUUAUGCAGAUAAUAUUUCAUUGUACCUGAUUUGUGUGAAAAAUACUGUGAAAUAGUUUAAAUUAUAAGGCAGAGCUCUUCAUUGUGACACUUAUUUUAAGAGAAUUUGAUACAAAGUUCCUUUGGGUAGCAAUAUUUAUUACAAAGGAUUAGAUACAAAGCAUCUCAAAAGCCUUAUGGACUCAAGUUGGGCUGCAAGAGAGUAACUUUGGUUUAAUAUGGUCUUUCUUGCUCACAAAUGAAAAACAAAGUAAUGAAGAAAAAUCCUCAAACUUUGCCUAUGCUGUUAGUGAUAAAAAGAAUACUUGAAGUUUGUACUAUGUGUGAGAUUUUUUUUUCUCCCUCAUUGUUAUCUUUUAUGUUAUAGUUCUUCCUGCCAAGCAGACUAAAUACUCAGAUGUAGGAAAAUGUGCUGAUUGGUCUGUAAGUGUCAACCUUGCAUUGUCAUAUGCAAUGCAUUGGGAAGUAACUGAUUAAUGCCACUCUACUGGUGACUAUUUAAACUUCAGGCAGAUUGUUAGAAUUGGCACUUUAACACUUCCCUGUCUGAUAUCCAUGAGAAACAGUCAUUCAGUGAUGUGUCAUCACAGACCAAGCUUUUAAAAAGCAUAUUAUUCUGCAAAAUGAGCUUCCUCAUACCCCAUCCUUUUCCUCUAUGAUAUUUGCAAAAAAAAAAUGGAAAUCCUGUCUGAUACUAAGCUUUAUGCUACCAAAUCACAACCCUCUUUGAUUAUCUUUCAAGAAAAUUCAGCCACAAAAGACUAACCCCAGCAGCUAAGCACUCUGCCAUUUCUGGAUUCAUGACAAUAAUGAAUGCUAGAGCUCCAGCAGCUGCUGGAUACUAAAGGAAUGCUGCCGACACUCAGUUUUUAGGCACUCCGUACCAGGCUAUGUAGAGAGUCUCCAUCUUCACAUACUAAACCUAUGGUUGGUUUCAGCUGUCUCCUGUGUUUUUCCUUUUGCUCUCCAGAUCCAUUUUGGGGAAUGUAAAAAUCAUGAUGUAGGAAAGUGUACAGGCUGUCAAUGAAAAAACAAGCUCUUCAUUACCUGACUGUGCCACUGCAUGGUUGAAAAUUUUAAAUCCAGCAAACUAAGAAGAGGGUAAAAUUCCCUAGUGGUAAGGACACUCACCUGGGCUGUGAUGACAGCUUUACUAUGAAACCUCAAGACUGAUUAGGUGUUUUUAAUCAUAUGAAGUACACAUAUUGCCUCUGGAGCAGAGAGGGAUAUACCUUAUGGCUAUGAAGUCACUUUCUGUCUCCAUUACUCACUACCUGACCUGGUGAGUGUAGCAGUCUUUGCUUCUGAGCAGCAAAACUCAUACAAAAAAGGCAGAAAGUACAGUGUACUUCUCCUUGCCUACCCUCUUUUCAUACCCAGCCAGAUGCUUGGGAAUGCUUUGUUUUACCUGCAUGUCCCAUCUAGAAAAAUGUCAAGGAGGGAAGGCUUGAAAGUAUUAUCUGUCUUCUUUGAUCCCAGGCUUAGAAAUACUGUGCUUGUGCAGAAAGAACCUCAUUCUCACACUGCCAGUAGUGCUCUGAAAGUACGAUCAAAGUACUUAGAUGACAUAGGGAGGAUGUAUUCCCUGCCUGCAGAAGAAUUUAGAAACCACUGUACGUAGAAAUAUAGUUCUAGGUCUGAGAUUUACUUAAGUUAAAUGAUGAAGAUAUCUAUACCUCGGUUUGUCUCCAUUUCUACCCAGGACAGACAAAACCAAGAUGGGUCAAUCCUAGCUUGUGUGGCUGUGUGAAGAUUUUAUUAGUCAUGUCUAAUAAUGCACUUUUUUUCUUUUUUUUUUUUUAGAUGAAA